UCCGGCGAAGCGGCCGUGCUGCGCAAUAUGAACGCACCGUUGCCCCCCUCGCCUACGUCGCCGUGGAGACUAGUGGUUACCGAUCGAUUCUACGCUUCUGUGAAGCUCGCCUUGGAGCUCCUGCAUCGCCGUGUGUACCUGACAGGGACGAUUCAGACCGAUCGUUCCGGUUACGCAAAGGGCGUGAUCACAAGCAAAAAGGUUAGAACAGUGAACAAGCGGAAGGUGGUGGUGCCGCCUCAGGGGACAACGAAGCUCGCGCAGAACAAGAUGUUUCCGCAGGUUACGGCAGCGAUGUGGAUGGACCGAAACCCGGUCCACAUGCUGUCGAGCGGAGGCAGCCGACAGGCUGUCGCAGUCCGUAAGUUAUGCGUCUAU